GACCGAGAAGGUGGACCUAGGAGAUCAAGGAGUACUCUGGACCUGGGAUCUUUGAGGACCGAGGCCGAGAACCCGGACUCCGCACGAGGAUCCGGAAACUGUUCAACAUAUAAAGCUGAUUGGAGCAGGGAAGAUUCAGUUGGGUCCUGAUAAUUGACUCCGAGGCGAUGCUGCAAAAGACAGUGCUCUUACUGGCCCUGGUGACCCAGGUACUGAUGCUGGAGAAUGGGCUCCUGCGAACGCCACCCAUGGGCUGGCUGGCCUGGGAACGUUUCCGCUGUAACAUCGAUUGUGACCAGGACCCAAAGAACUGCAUCAGUGAACGGCUCUUCAUGGAGAUGGCUGACCGGCUGGCCCAGGAUGGAUGGCGGGACCUUGGUUAUGUGUACCUCAACAUCGAUGACUGCUGGAUUGGUGGGCGUGAUGCCAAAGGCCGCCUGCUGCCUGAUCCCAAGCGCUUCCCUCAUGGGAUUGCCUUCCUCGCUGACUAUGCCCAUUCUCUGGGUCUGAAGCUAGGCAUCUAUGAGGACUUGGGCAAAAUGACCUGCAUGGGUUACCCUGGUACCACUCUGGACAAAGUGGAGCUGGAUGCCGAAACCUUCGCUGAAUGGAAGAUUGACAUGCUGAAGCUGGACGGCUGCUUCUCUACUGCCAAAGAGCAUGCACAGGGGUAUCCCAAGAUGUCUGCUGCCCUGAAUGCCACAGGCCGCCCCAUCGCCUUUUCUUGCAGCUGGCCAGCCUAUGAAGGGGGCCUACCCCCCAAGGUGAACUACACUCUGAUUGCCAGCAUCUGCAAUCUUUGGCGUAACUAUGACGAUAUCCAGGACUCCUGGAAGAGCGUGCUCUCCAUUCUGGACUGGUUUGUGAAACAUCAAGACAUACUGCAACCAAUGGCGGGUCCUGGACACUGGAAUGACCCGGACAUGCUGCUCAUCGGGAACUUCGGCCUGAGCUUUGAGGAGUCCCGGGCCCAGAUGGCCCUGUGGACAGUGCUGGCAGCCCCCCUCUUCAUGUCCACAGACCUGCGCACCAUUUCCCCCCAGAACAUAGACAUUCUUCAGAAUCCACUCAUGAUCAAAAUCAAUCAGGACCCCUUAGGCAUCCAGGGACGUAGGAUCUUCAAGAGUAAAUCCCAAAUUGAGGUGUUCAAGCGGCCUCUGUCUAAUGGGGCGAGUGCCCUGGUCUUCUUCAGCCGCAGGACAGACAUGCCUUACCGCUUCCAUUCCUCCCUCUUGGAACUGAACUUCCCCGAAUCCAAAGAGUAUGAGGGCCAGAAUGUCUUCACAGGGGAUGUUAUCAGCGGCCUCAAGAGUGAAACCAACUUCACUGUGAUCAUCAAUCCUUCGGGGGUUGUGAUGUGGUACCUAUAUCCCGUGAGGACCUAAGAAUGACAGGCUAUGACAGUCCCACUGAGCCUGGACCGUGGAGCUUUGGCAUGCCAAAGACAUGGCAGGGUUCUGUCCUCCCGAGGCUGCUUGGCGAUGUGACCACAUCAUACCCAAAGUGCAUUUGCAGGGCCAAUUUCCAUGCCCUGCCAGAGCCGGGGCCCUCUUGGAAACUAACCUUGGGACAGUUUCCUGUGGCCUUUGGACCUCUGCCACCACAACUCUGCAGGUGGUUGCUGAACAGCUUGGCCAGCCUCUUGGGCCCCCACAGGAGCUCACCAGACUCUAGCCUCUGACUUUGCUGACUCAGAAAUCAGGAUUUGGAAUUUUUUUAAUUAGGAGCGGAGAUCUGACUCUGUGCCAGGAGCUCUCACGGAUCAUGUGACUGGCCUUCCUCCUGGAGAAGGCUUUGCAGUUGACACCUUGGGGAGUGAGGGAUGGAUCGGAGACCUCAGCUCCCUUAGGUCACCAAUAAAGCUGUUUAACUGUUCUCUCAUUAA